CCUGCACGAACUGUCAGCGAGGGCUCGAGCCCAGAGAUGACACCUCAGAUUGGACACAACCUGUAAAGAAGCAAACAACGGGAUAUGUAAAUGUUGAAGCUGAAGCGCCUCCUCCUGCUACUUCUCAGAGUCGAGUCGGUGACAGGCGUUAGAUCUCCGCUUUAAAAAGCAGCGAGUUAUCUGUCCACUGUGGACGUGGGGCAGGGGGCAGAGGCAGGGGCAGGGCAGCAUCCAGUUAACUACUCACCAAGGUGUUUUUCUGCAAAUGUACACUCGGAGCAAAGUGCAAGGUCUCCUCAGAUAUGAGCUGUGAAGAGCUUUAGCAACUGUUGACCGCGUUUCCUCCACAGAUAACUUAUAUGUUCCUUUUAAAACACUUAUUUCUUUAAUUAAUAGUUUAAGUUUAACCCCAAAGAUGUCGUGCCUUUUAUUAGGCGUCAUACGAAGGCAUGGUGGUGUUGGGGCAGGUGUUGGGGUUCGGUCCCUGGCCUCCAUCCCCACACUACCGUCAGCAGUGGCUGACUUUGUGAAGGGAGCGGUGGACGAGUGUAAGCCCGCCAAUGUCCAUGUGGUGACCGGGACGCCGGAGGAAACGGCCAACAUCCUGGCAGGCCUGCAGAAGGAUGGCAUGGUCAAGAGGCUUCCCAAAUAUGACAACUGUUGGUUGGCGCGUACAGACCCGAAGGACGUGGCGAGAGUGGAGAGUAAGACCGUGAUUGUAACCAAGAACCAAAGAGACACCAUCCCUAUCCCUGCUGAAGGGGUGAAGAGCCAGCUGGGUAGCUGGAUGAGUGAGUCUAACUGGCAGAAAGCAAGACAGGAGCGAUUUCCCGGCUGCAUGGCAGGUCGGACCAUGUAUGUGAUUCCGUUCAGUAUGGGUCCUGUAGGCUCCACUCUGAGUAAAUAUGGUGUUCAGGUGACGGACUCGCCGUAUGUUGUGGCCAGUAUGGGGAUCAUGACUCGGAUGGGAACGCCUGUUCUGAAGAAACUGUCUGAAGGAGUGGAGUUUGUCCGAUGUCAACACUCCUUGGGACGCCCUUUACCUCUCAAAGCUCCUCUGAUCAACUCUUGGCCCUGUAACCCAGACAAGGUGCUGAUAUGUCACCUGCCGGACACCAGGCAGAUCUUGUCUUUCGGCAGCGGUUACGGAGGAAACUCUCUCCUCGGGAAGAAGUGCUUCGCCCUGCGCAUUGCCUCCCGCAUCGCCAAAGAUGAGGGCUGGCUGGCAGAGCACAUGCUGAUCCUGGGAAUCACCAACCCUCAGGGGGUGAAGCGUUAUAUAGCGGCUGCCUUUCCCAGCGCUUGUGGUAAAACCAACCUGGCCAUGAUGAAACCGUCUCUGCCCGGCUGGAAGGUGGAGUGUGUGGGUGAUGACAUCGCGUGGAUGAAAUUUGAUAGCCAAGGUAAACUCAGGGCCAUCAACCCGGAGAACGGUUUCUUUGGUGUGGCUCCGGGCACCUCUGACAAGACCAACCCCUACGCCAUGGCUACCAUAGCCAAAAACACAGUGUUCACCAACGUUGGUGAGACCAGUGAUGGAGGAGUGUGGUGGGAGGGGCUUGACCCACCGCCUGCUGGUGUCACACUAACAGACUGGCACGGCAAGACAUGGAAACCAGGAAGCUCCACAGCUUGCGCCCACCCCAACUCUCGCUUCUGCGCCCCCGCGGCUCAGUGUCCCAUCAUUGACCCCCAGUGGGAGAGUGAGGAGGGUGUUCCCAUUGAUGCCAUCGUCUUCGGAGGAAGGAGGCCGGAAGGAGUCCCUCUGGUCUAUGAGUCUUUCAACUGGCAACAUGGAGUGUUUGUUGGAGCUGCGAUGAGGUCUGAGGCCACAGCAGCUGCUGAGCAUAAAGGCAAGGUAAUCAUGCACGACCCCUUCGCCAUGCGGCCGUUCUUCGGCUACAACUUCGGAGACUACCUCGCUCACUGGCUGAGCAUGCAGAGCCGAAAAGCUCCCACCCACCUGCCCAAGAUCUUCCACGUUAACUGGUUCAGAAAAGAUCCAGCAACCGGUUCCUUCCUCUGGCCUGGGUUUGGAGAAAAUGCCCGUGUGCUGGAGUGGAUCUUCAAGCGCUGCAGCAGAGAGAGGGAAGACGAGGCAGCCAAGAAGAGCAUCAUCGGCUGGGUGCCAGUAGAUGGCGCCAUCAACACUAAAGGUCUGGGCAGCAAAGUGGAUAUGGGUGCCCUGUUCGAUGUGCCCAAGCCUUUCUGGCAACAGGAGACCAAAGAGCUGAGAACCUACUUCACUCAGCAAGUCGGAUCUGAUCUGCCAGCUCAGGUGGAAGCUGAGCUGAAGGCGCUAGAGGACAGAGUGCACAGUUAAAAACCUGCUGACAUAAAGCCGAUGCACAGGCAGGAAGGGAGGCUCCGGUGAAAAAGGAUUCAGUUCAUCAGCAUUUGAUCACAGACACUGACUGCAUUUACAUGCACAGAGAAUUCUGAACCAGGUUAGCUUAAAAAAGAGAGACAACGUGCAAAAAUAAACGCUUGAGUUUAAAUCAGCUAGUUAAGAUGUAUGACUGACGGGCUACUGUGGUGCAGAAACACCCUGCUUCUCUUUGCUUGUCAUUCAGAAUAAGCUGGCGUAUUUAUUCAGUCCCUUAGUGGCUGUAGUUAACUUUCUUUGUGCAUGAAAACACAGUCAGUGAGCCCUGCCUUUCUCUGUAUGAGGAUGAAUCUGUUAGGAGGCAAUAAACAGUGCAACAGCCACCUUUUGGGCACUACUUCACACUCAUACUGCAACACUUGAGGAACUGAUGCUGAACUGGUUUUAGAAGGGAGGUUUGACUCUUAAACCAAAGGUUAGGUUUCUGUCAACAGCUCCAUCUACACAGCUUCCAGCGAGCUGCUGGGGUAAAAUUAACACGGCCUUGUAGAGGCUUUGAGACAUUUAUCCAGGGUUCAAGCUGUGAGUGUUUACAGGCUAAAACCCAAAGAGUUUUUUUACUCAUUUUAAUCUGUUAAUUUUUAAAAAAUUUUUAACUAAGAACCCCUUUUUUAAAACUAAACUUGAAAUAAUGUUUUUUAUCAGAAGUUCAUAAACUCCUCAGAACUUUGCAGCUGAUUUUCAUGGGGCCAAGCAUAACGGUGCAUCCAGCCACUUCUGUGAUGUUUGUGAUUAAACUGUAUGAUUCCAGCUGAUGUUUACACACACUAUGUGAUCAUGUUGGACCAAUAAAUGACAACAAGAUCAUCAGGUGCUUUCACAGGAUUUCAUUGUAGUGCAGUGAAUAAAUGAAUUAAAAAC